CGAUUAGUUACGAUGUCUUUUUCGAUUCCUACAAGAACUGCCAAAAUAUCGAACAGAUCAAUGUCGUUUAUUCCCAAAGGAGGAAACUGCAUUUUUUGCUGGACCUUUAAUCUCUCGACCAAAUAUCGAUGAACGAGAUCCUGCCGAUAUUUUUUCCUGCGCUCUUUCUUUAUUUCUUUCUUUUCCUUCGCACCUGCCCAGGAGUCCGCCGAAACUCCUUAACGAGGAUCAAAGCCAAGACAACCAAAGAUCAGUUUGAUUAGGUUCCGCAUUUUCUAACUCGGAUCAAUGAUUUUUCGUGCAGCUCCGCUCAUGAUAUCCGGUGUGCUCCUUGAACCGUUCACCAUCGACUAUUACCAUUAAGAAAUGCGCCGCGACGAAUCCUGCCCCACGCAUCGUGCCUCGAAGGGUCAUGACCCGCCUGGAGCCUAAUUAAAAAAUGACCCAACUCCCAGUAAUUUCCGUCCACUUCGCCGUGCAUUUAUUGCACUGAUAACUUUAACAUAAGACAAGGCCCAGACUUUUUGCAGGCUAAUUCAAAGAAUUUUUAACUCUUACCCGGAUAGCUCGAGACUCAAUGAAAUUUCUAUUGUGAAAUUCGCUCGUCACGGGUCAAGUUUCCUACGAACGAUACCGAAUGCUUCGCGACUUCGUCGAUAGGUUUAACGGUGCAGGGCGGCGAGUCAUGUUAUAAAAUCGGUAAUGGUAACCAAAUCAAAUUUACUCGUCUAAUUGGUGAUAAUUGAUUGUUGAGGUAGUGUUGAAAAAAAAAUUAACAGAAAAAUAAUUGAUACCUCGGUAAUUGAUUUUACCUGUGGAAAAAGUAACGCCAAAAAUGUCAUUAAGUUACCACAAUGUAUUAAACGCUCGUCCAAUUCGAGUAACAUCAUGGGAACACUUUCGAUUCCGAUGUUACGUAACCAAAGAAAUUUCAGGAAAAGCUCUUCACUCUUGUUAACAGUUACACGUCCAUAAAAAAUUUGCUACAUAAGAGAACAUUGCCUCUGCAAUUACGUGAUUCGCGGUUGGUUCCGUCGUUAUAAUGGGCUCAAAUUCUAUAUUUAUACACGGUAACACGUAGACGUCAUUAUUUUUCAUUUCUUUUUAUAUACAUACAACAAAUUGAAUUAUCCUCGAUCAAUUAUUCAUUCAAACACUCCAAUGAGCACUACUGAUCUUAACAAGGAUCUGUGGCGCUCGUGCAAACCGCUAGAUCUGGAGUAACGAUUUACGAAGGCGAAUGCACAUUUUCGUUGCUGCACUCGAUCUUUCGCUCAACGCUGACUCAACGUGACCAAUGCACAUUAAUGCACGCGCGUUCUUUCCACUUGACAUUCACUGGUCAAGUUGCGUUUACAUAAUGAUUUAUAUUGAAUAACAGUAAUGGAUGCUGGGAUAAUGAUUUGAACGUUAAUAAUUGAAUUCGGAUUGGCGGGUAAACCAAUAUUAAUAAUUGACGUAUAAAAGGGUCUAAUAAAAAUUUUCUUUCAAAAUCUAUACGUCCGCUUGAGCCACAAUAAGUUUGGUAUUAUUUUCUGGUCGGUUAGUUCCCGUGGUAAUAAUUUUGUAAGAACGGUGGUUUAGUAACGGGAGGAGGAACGCUUGUGAGUCUAGUGAAAAAUAUGAAAGGAUCGUUGAUCGGUAUAUUAUGAAAAUAGAAACUGAUAUUGGAGUUUAUCGAUAUCGAUUUGUACGUUCAAACAGUCGAUCAUUUGUUAUCUGUCUUAUUGACAGAUCUAUCACUGGGUACUUAAAGGAUCAUUGGUUUGAUUGUACUCAUGACGUUUCUCGAUAUGACGACUCUCGCCAUGGUGUGAUAUGAGGUUUACCUAAAUUCGACAAUUUCAAUUAAGAUGAGGGAUAUUUUAUUUAUUCUGUACGUAGGUAAGUAAUGAAUGUCGAUAUGCUGACCAAACUUGAAAAAAUUAUUAUGUCGUUCACAGUGGUGAUAACAGUUUUCUAUAUCGACUGUCGACGAUCACAAGGAGUUCAGGAUCAUCUGAAUACAAGAGAUAUACUCGACUCUGUGGAAGGUGACUAUGGUUCGGCUCACAAGAAAACUGGAGAAAAGGCUUCGAACAUAGCACAAAAAGCAGCUCAAGAAGCUAAAGCAGCCUCGGACGCUCAGAAUAUUGCUGGUCAGCAAGCGUCCCGGCAGGUGAAGACACAAUUGGCCGAGAAGGCUGUGCAGGCUGCGAAGGCAGCAGAAGCAGCGUUAUCCGGGAAGGAGGCGAUAGUCGAGCAGCUGCAAGAAGAAGUGAAGGAGGCCGAGUCUGUAGUGCAAGAAGAAUCCGCGUCGCUACAGGAGUCGCAGCAAAACGUUAACGCAGCGAUGGAAGCAGCUCAUCAGUCUCAGCAACAACUGAAGACACUUACGCGAGCGCUGCAGACGGCUAAGUCGAACAUAGGUAAUGCGCAGGCGGCCGCACAGGGUGCGCAGCAGUCGCUCAAUGAAAAACACGAACUGCUCGAAGCUGCCAAGAGACGCGUUGAGGAAUUGGCUAAACAGUUGCAGACUGCCAAAGCUGACUUGUCUAAUACGAAUCAGGCAACGUUAAAGGCCAGCGCCGCAGCACGCGAAGCAAAACUGAAUGCCAAUAGAAAUAAGAGAAGACGAGCUCAAUGGCGAAGGUCGGGAUAUUCUGAACAAGACAAAGGAUCUGAGCAAAGGAAUUAUGAGGAAGCAGAACUCGUCAUUAGUAAAUUUGGAUUUCGUAAUAUGAGGAUAGUACUGUUCAUUAUGAUCUGUAUGCUUAUUUCUGUACAUUCAGAUGCGAAAAGGUACAGGAGAUUGAGAGACAUUUCGUGUAAUGGUACUCCAAACCAGAAGAAAUCAAACAAAGCAACGAGCAUUGCUCAGAAAGCUGCACAAGAGGCGAAGGCUGCAUCGGAUGCGCAGAAUGUUGCUGGUGCUCAGGCAUCGCAUCAGGUCAAGGCUCAACUAGCCGAAAAGGCCGUAGAAGCAGCAAAAGCAGCGGAAGCUGCUCUGGCCGGUAAGGAAGCGAUAGUUGAUCAACUCCAAGAGGAAGUGAAGGAGGCAGAAGCUGUAGUACAGGAAGAGAGCUCCUCUCUUCAGCAAUCGCAGGCUAACGUGAAUGCAGCCGUGCAAGCAGCGCAGCAAGCUCAGCAACAGGUGAAGACCUUGACCCAAGCUGUACAGACAGCCAAUGCCAAUUUGGGAAAUGCAGAAGCGGUUGCUCGGGAAGCCCAACGCGAAAUGAUUGAAAAGCAGCAACUAGUGGAUGCAGCAAAUCACAGAGUCGAGGAAUUGAUUAAGCAGAUGCACUGUGCAACAUCAGAUUUGGGAAAUACCAAACAGGCUGCGAGCAAAGCUAGCGCCGCGGCUCACGAGGCUAAGGUCAAUGCUAAUCGCAACAAACGUGGUCAAAUUAAUGUUCUCCUAUGAGGAACGGCCCUUCAAUAUCGCACUUUGCUUUGCGCUACUCGAUCACUGGCAUGCUAUUAAUUAUUGUGAUAUCGACAGGCGACCGCCGAUUGAAUUUAGUGAUUUGACUAAUGACCAUGGAAAAUUCCAAAGUACGUGCACCUAGCGUAUCGAUCGAGUAUCAAAGUCAUGAAGCUUCCUCUGGAACGGAGCUGGCUUUCUUUUCUUGCUGGCAGUCCGUAACGUCAAUCGGGACAGUCUGACUCUACUUUACCAUUUAACUGGUCGAUGCAUCGAAUACAGGGAUAAUAAUUUUAAUGAAAUUUUUUUGACAUUCAAAAAAUUUAUAUCGUUAAAUUCACAUUCGUAUACAUCCUCAACCUUGCGCCGACAGAACUAAUUUUACUAGAACUAGACUAACACCUUUGUGAUUACACACUAACCUAAAAUUAUACCAAGUUUACAGUCCAAUACAAGAUUUUAUGAUAAAUCUACAACC